AUGGAUACGAAUGUAGAGGAAAAUGAGACAAAGAAAACUGAGGAUGAGUUGGCCGAAAAUACAUCUUCUUCCCAACUAAAGGGCCAUAUUGGCCUACUGCCGGUCAUGAUUUUCUUGGCAGCCACAGUGGCUACUGCUGUGAUAGUUGAACUUUUCCCACAUGCCAGCCAGUUUUUCAAUUGGAGACGAAAAUAUGCAACAGAAGAUCAGCAACAGGUUCCCCCGCCCACUUAUGCGAUCUUUGGUAGGAGCCCUACGGAGGAGCACCUGGUCCAUGUGGUAGAUGUGCUGGAUAGAUUCGGUUACCAGAGAGUGGGUGUCAAUGAGAGUUGGGAUCUCCUCUGGGCCCACGACUACCCCUUCCGUUCCCUGCCAAACCUGAAGAAUCUGGACCAAAACCAAGUCGUAAACCAUUUUCCCGGAUGUGGCUACCUCACCAACAAGGUAGAUCUGUGCACCACACAGCUUCCAUUUCUGCCACGUGCCUUCCGGUUGCCAGCGGAACGGGAAGAAUUCCUGGAGUACGCCAAGGACAAUCCAGAUGUCCUCUUUGUCCAGAAACACAACGAGCACCGACACAUCAGAAUUCGGACACCCAGUGAGAUUGCCUUUGGAUCAAAUGAUUCCUUCGUCCAGGAAUUCGUCCAAAGACCCUUCCUCGUGGAUGGUCAUAAAUUUGACAUUGGAGUUUACGUGGCUAUAACCUCGAUCAAUCCGUUGAGGGCCUAUAUAUACACAGGAGAUGUUCUGUUCCGGUAUUGUCCUGUUAAGUACUAUCCAUUUGAUCCCGAGAACGUUGAUAAGUACAUUGUGGGCGACGAUUACUUGCCCACCUGGGAGGUUCCUUCCCUGAGAAAGUAUUACAACCGCUUUGAGGGAAGCAUGAGAACUGUCUUCGAGGCCUAUGUCCGCGACCAGGGAAAGGAUCCUUCAGGAAUAUGGCCACAGGUGGAGCAUAUUAUACGCACCACAUUGGCCGCCAAGGAGAAGGACAUCGUGGAGACUCUGAGCUAUUACAGAACACACAAUUUCUUCGAGCUAAUGCGAUUCGAUUUGUUCAUUGAUGAAGAUCUAAAAGUUUCCCUAAUGGAGGCCAAUAUGUCGCCAAAUCUCUCCUCGGCGCACUUCAAACUGAACUCCCUCUUGUACGAACAAGUUAUUUACAGUGUUUUUAACCUGGUUGGAAUAAGACCCUUGAAAUCUACAGCUGGAGCUUAUUUGUCGAAAAGCUUAGAAAUGCUCACCGCAGACAAAAACUUGGCCACUGAGUUAAACAAGUGUGUGGCCUACGACUGUGAUAAAUCCUGCAACAAGGACGAGUGUGAUCUGUGCCUGCCCUGUCUUAGUGGAUCUCAGUAUCAAAUACUUCAGAGAGCCCACCAGGAGCACCUGCACCGCGUUGAUAUGAAGCGCCUUUUUCCGCCACCCAUUACCAACUUGAAGAAGUACAAUCUAUUGGAGGAAACCUUGAAUAUGACGAAAAAAAAUGCCUGGAUGACCCGCUGGUUUUACAACAAAUGCCAAUUCGAUAUUAACUGGUGCAAUUAAAUAGUUUUUUUUGUUAUAAAAUUGGCCACCGAUUAGUUAUUAAUUAGGAUUCCAAGGGCCAUGAAUCAAAUCUAGUAUUUUAUGUAUAAUUGGUUAGCCAAAUUAAAUUAUUAGACUAAAAUCCGCCGGUGUGGAUUAAGUCUGUUAUGAAACUACCAUUAGGUGCUCUUAAAAGACAAACAAAACAUGUACAAAUCCAACAAAAGAC